GUGAAUGGCAAUCGUGUAGUGAAUUGUAGGAUCGACUCCUCACUAGUGCUGACAUUACAUAAUGAAUGUAAUGAUUAGUGCAUAUCGUGUUGUCCUUUAGGAUCAAAACCAUUGCAUUACUCCAAGUUGUGACCAAACAGUGAUCACAAGUUGCGGUUAAAAGUGGAGCCCAUUUUGUAGACAAUUGGACGGUCUCUACGGAACAGUACAAGAUACUGUAGACUCGGAACUGAUUAACCCGACUAUGAAUCCGGAACCAGCGAUUCAGGGCUUUGAGGGCCACUUCUCGGGAGUGCCACACUUGGCAUUGUCUCCCUUGAGUGACCCGAACGGCCACUCCUCCCAUAUCUCCCACUACGGAGUGUCUGCUUUGGACCCGACGUUUGAACAGCAGAUACUGACUCCACCGGCCGAUUAUCACGUGACCGCCGAACCUGUGCCUACACUCGCGCCAACACUGGCGCCAACACUCGGCACAUACGAUGAUAUAUUUCCAGCACUUCCAGAAAGCGAGCCGAAUCCGGACAACGCCGUCGCCAACACAGGUCUUCAGUGGAAUAUCCAGAGAAUGAAAGUCAAGUCUUCAAACAUCACUCAAGUGUUUCGAGUGGCGCCCGAAGAGAGGAAGUAUAGGGAACUAAACAGUCGUUUCGGCGAACAGGCAGAACAGGCGAAGAUCUGCGCCGACAUUAUGCAGAAAACUGGUGCUCACAUCGAGAUGAGUAUUUCCAAAGACGGAACUCUCACUUUCCUCAUCACUGGUAAAGAAGAGGCCGUCCUUUUGGCCAAACGUAUGAUCUCUUCGGAACUGCAGACACAGGCGAGCGCUUCGCUGCCCAUCCCUAAAGAGCACCACCGCUUCAUAUUAGGCAAAAACGGCCAAAGAUUGUCGGCAUUGGAACAAAACACCGGAACCAAAAUCUAUAUUCCUCGACAAAACGAAACCUCGGAAUUAAUCAAAAUCUUGGGCACAAAGGAGGCCAUUGAUAAGGCUGUCCACGAGAUCCAAUUGAUCUCCAACGAGAUGGCCAGUCGUGCCAAUGAGCGCGUAUCCAUUCCUAAGAUCUAUCACCCGUUUAUUGUCGGCCCAUUCAAUGAAACGUUAGCCCAAAUUAUGAGCGAAUCGGGCGCUAAAGUAAGUGUUCCGCCGCCGAGUGUUAACAAAGAAGAGAUCUCUAUCACUGGCGAAAGGGAAGCCGUCCUUAUGGCCAAAGACAAGAUUAUGCAUAUCUUUCGCGACAGAGAGAAGAAGUGUCAAACCGUGUCAAUGGAAGUGAGAAAAUCGCAACACAAGUACAUAAUUGGUCAUAAGGGCCAGACUCUGAACGACAUCUUCCUUAAGACUGGCGUCUCUGUGGAGAUGCCCUCUCCGGACAGCAAUAGUGAGACGAUUACUCUUCGGGGAGAACAGGAGAAGUUAGGGCCGGCGCUGACUGUGCUGUACGAGAAGGCGCACAGCGAAGUGGACGCCGAGAUAGAGGUGCCCGCCUGGUAUCACAAAUACAUUUUGGGCCCCAAAGGCACCAAAUUUCAGGAGAUCUCUCAAGACUUCCAGAAAGUGAACGUCUCUUUCGUGUCGAACGAAGACAAGAUCAAAAUGCACGGACCCGUCGCUGAAGUGGACAAAGCCAAGGAAGUGAUCGGCGAAGUGAUCCGUGAAAUCACUUCCAAAAUUAUUGUCGAAGAAAUCAAAGUCGACUCCAGAUAUCAUCGCUUUAUUAUCGGCAAAAAUGGAGUCCAUAUAAAACACAUCCGCGAAGAAACCGGCGCUCAGAUCCAUAUUCCUACCGAAGGCAAUGAAACGGUGGCCUCAAGUGAUAUCAUUAGAAUUGAAGGCUCGCCUCAGAGUGUGCUUAAAGCCAAACAGGAAUUGGAAAUAAUUAUUAAGAAAAUGGUUGAAAAAGAAAAUGAAGUCUCAAAGGAUCUAAUGAUUGAACAGAGAUUUCAUCGACAGAUCAUUGGCGCCAAAGGAGAGCGAAUUAAAGUGAUUCGCGAGAGCUUUAAUCAGGUUGUAAUCAUAUUUCCCGAACCCAAUGAUAAGAGCGACAAAGUGACCAUCAGAGGGACCCGAAAGGACGUCGACCAGUGCUACAAACACUUGUCUCAGCUCAACAAAGAACUCCUCACUAAUAACCACAGAGUGGAAGUGCCUAUAUUUAAACAGUUCCAUAAGUUUAUCAUUGGUAAAGAGGGCGCAAAUAUCAAAAAGAUAAGAGACGAAACGGGAACCCGAAUUGAUUUGCCGGCCGAAGGGGCCGACUCUGAUGUGAUUGUUAUAACGGGAAUGAAGAGUAAUGUGGAGACGGCUCGCGACCGC